AUGGCUGCAGCGCGUCGACAACCCUCCAUGCAGAUUUUUCAGGACCCUGUGCAACCUCACGACCACCAUCAAGUCAACGCCUUUGACCCACGCUACCUCGACGCCUUCACGUCCAUUACCGACGUGUCCAACAACUCAAACACGCUUCUCACCCCUCCCGCGCCCUUCACCGCCAAAGGAUCCCCCCGCAAAAGCCGCCAAGUCUCCAGCUCUCCUCCACCCAGCGCCCUUGUUGAGAAGGGCCUCAACACCGUAAAGAUACCGCCGCCGCAAGAGCAGUGGUUUCGCACCGACGCGCCCACCAAGAAGGUCCAGACCGCGUCUUCGCAGGGCUCACAUUCAAUGGUCGGCGAUAUCCAGUACUGGUCCGGCUAUCCGUCUCAUAUGGACAAGGAGAACGCGUAUUACUCUGGCCCCGUCAUGUCUGUCAUGUCAGCGGCAGAGCCGCCUAUGAAGCAGGGAAACAAGCGACCACUGAUGGACGCUGCCCCACUACGCGACCGCACCAAUAUGAACAUCAGCAAGAAGCAGAAGUUCGUCAAGGACAUCAAGAUUGAAGAAGUAGACGGUCCACUACCCAACCCAGACCAGAUGCCCACCAUCGAAGACGACGGAAACAAGCCUUCGUACAGCUACGCGAUGCUCAUUGGCAUGGCCAUCCUAAGAGCACCGAGCCGCCGAUUAACCCUCGCCCAGAUCUACAAGUGGAUCUCCGACACAUUCGCCUUCUAUCGCAACUCACAAGAGACAGGAUGGCAAAAUAGCAUCCGCCACAACCUCAGCCUGAGCAAAUCGUUCUCUAAGCAAGAGCGCCCCAAGGACGACCCUGGAAAGGGCCAUUACUGGGUCAUCAAUGCUGGGUUCGAGAAGCAGUAUCACAAGGUCAAGCCUGUCCGUCGACCGGCUCAUUCAGAAUCUCUUGCUUCGGCAUAUACUAGUGAUCUCCCGCGUCCGUCCACAUCCAUGUCAGCUAGCUUCCCACCCAUGAGCUCGACAAAAGGAUUUGACUCGAGCAAAUUUCCGGAAGAGGCCGAGCUGCCUUCUUCCGAGGCUACCAUCCCCUGCUCCGACCCGGCUGCUCAUGAUGGACAUGAUCCUAUUAGCAUGCCGCCGCCCCGUCAACUGCCGUCUUCACCUCCACCAACUGACAUCCACUCCUCACCGCCUCCACCUGUCUCGCGAUCCCGUUCGGUUCGUGAGGACACACCGCCACGUGCCCCACACUUCCCACCCAACAGCCGCUCGGGCGGACGCAGGCACAAGUUCAACGGCCUUGGUGACAGCGGCUACUACUCAUCCAUUGAAUCAUCCGCGACCAAGGGUAAUCCAAUGGGACCUCUACUCACUUCAGAGGCGGAUCUCGAUCGCCCUAAUCUCAAGCGAGGACGCGCUGAAGAAGAAAUUGCUCGCAUACGUGGCUCUUCUUACGACUCUCCCACCAAGACCAGGUCUCACGCGAAGCAGCCUGUCAUCUCGUCGCCGGUUCGUCAGGGUAGUAAGGUCCUCGACCCUCUUACCCCUGCUAUCGUCUUCAAGCGUCCUGCCCUCCCACCCGCUUCCGCAUCACCCAAUACCAACCUACGUAACCACCGUAACAAGAUGCGAGAACUAGUAGGCGGCUCACCGGACAAGAGCCUGGCUAUGUGGGUCGACACUUCCUUCCUCGACAACAAGGCUUGGAGCCCGGCUGUAUCAAUCCCCAACGAAGAGAAUGUCAACCUUGUGGGCCAUGGCUUCGAGAGUACCUUUGAUAUCUUUGGAGAUUUUGGCUACAACGAGAGUCCGCUAAAGCGAUCUGCUAAGCGUCCCCGUCUCGAGCGUGCUGUCACCACAAGUGGUGUCCUCGCCGACAUUACUGGUGCUAAGGGGAACAUGGCCAACUCCCCUACGCCCAACUGGAGAAUGUCGUCCUCCUUCCUCAACAUCCCAGACCUAUCACCUGCCAAGAAAUUGUCGCCCAUCAAGGCUCCCAUAUUGAAGUCUACCACAUCUACCCCUCUCUCCAACUUCGCUCUUCCCCAGCCAAGCAAAGAGAACACACAUUCGGGUCUUACGCCUCCUCAGUCCUUCCAUGUCCCUGCGAAGCCGCAACAGCAACAGCAGCAGGACGAUGAAGAUAUUUUCCAUCUGUUGCACAGUGACGAGUCUGAGCCAGGUAUUGACUUGCUUCAGGGUUUUGAGAAGAUAGGAGCGCGGACGUUGGCUGUCGCACCUAACGGCUCGCCACAGAAGAAGGCUGCGAGACCGGGCUUGGCCCGCAGUUCGACCACUCGCUUCUAA